AUGGCGAACCAAACUCCCGCCGUUGUCAUGGACAACGGCACGGGCUUCUCCAAGCUAGGUUUUGCCGGAAAUGAUUCCCCUUCGUUCGUCUUCCCUACCGCCAUUGCGACCAAGGCCGGAGCUGGUGGGGGCAGCGGAGGAUCAGGAUCGGGUCGUCCUUCCGUUGCCAACAAACCCUCGUUCCUCACCGGAGGAGCUGGUCCCAGCGGGCACCUGAGUGCAAAGCGCGGAACCGAGGACUUGGACUUCUACAUUGGCGAUGAGGCCAUUAGCGCCGCGGCCGGGCCCGGAUAUGGCCUCCACUAUCCCAUCCGCCACGGUCAGAUUGAGAACUGGGAUCACAUGGAACGGUUUUGGUCAAACUCCAUCUUCAAGUAUCUGCGAGUCGAGCCUGAAGAUCACUACUUCCUUCUCACUGAGCCUCCGCUGAACCCCCCCGAGAACCGAGAAAACACGGCCGAGAUCUUCUUUGAGUCUUUCAACUGUGCCGGAAUGUACAUUGCCGUGCAAGCCGUUCUUGCUCUCGCUGCCUCGUGGACCUCGUCCAAGGUCUCAGAUCGAUCGCUGACCGGUACCGUCAUCGACUCUGGUGAUGGUGUCACCCACGUCAUCCCCGUGGCCGAAGGAUAUGUCAUUGGGUCUUCGAUCAAGUCGAUUCCCGUUGCCGGAAGAGACAUUACAUACUUUGUCCAAUCUCUUCUCCGAGACCGUGGCGAGCCCGAUUCGUCCCUCAAGACCGCCCAAGAGAUUAAGGAAGAGUACUGCUAUGUCUGCCCCGACAUUGUCAAGGAAUUCGCCCGAUACGACCGCGACCGCAGCCGCUUUGCCAAGCACGUGGUGACUCAACCUGGUGGCCGCCAGGUUACCGUCGAUGUCGGUUACGAGCGCUUCCUGGCACCCGAGAUCUUCUUCAACCCCGAGAUCUACACAUCGGAUUUCCUGACCCCGCUGCCCACGGUUGUGGACGGCGUCAUCCAGCAGUCGCCAAUUGACGUUCGACGAGGUCUAUACAAGAACAUUGUUCUCUCUGGUGGAAGCACCCUCUACAAGGACUUUGGAAGGCGAUUGCAGCGAGACAUCAAGCUGCUUGUGGAUGCCAGAAUCCAGGCUAGCGAGCAGCGCAGCGGUGGAGCUCGUAGCGGUGGAGUAGACGUCCAGGUUAUUACACACAAGAGACAGCGACACGGCCCCUGGUUCGGCGGCAGUCUGCUUGGUCAGACUCCCGAGUUCCGAUCUUACUGCCACACCAAGGCGGAGUACCAAGAAUACGGACCCAGCAUUGUGCGAAGAUUUGCUCUUCUUGGUGGUCCUGGUGGUUCAUAG